CAUCAUGGCCGCUCCCAUAAAAUUAAAGAGCCUAUUCAUUAUGAUAUUUACGCGGUGAAUUGAGAGUAACAUUUAAUAACCAAUCCAUAAAUUUAUCAACAAUACACAUCAUCACCUAAAAAGUAAUCAUAACAACAAUACAAAUGAAAAUUAAUCAUUGUCAAAGUAUCCUUACUAAUUUAAAUAACUGAAAAAUAUAAUUAUAUAGAUUGUUAAUCAAUCAUCGCAUAAGUUAUAACAAUAAUAUCGCCGUUUGGUUUGUAACUUGACAGAUGCGAAGUGUACUAAUUAAUUUAAUUUUUAAAUUAUUAAGAAGAAUAAUUACUAUAAGUGAAAGGAUAUGAGACAAUGAUGCCGAUAAAGGAUAAUCAAGAUGUGGCAUGUUUCCUUGUCACCAAACACUCAUGGAAGGGAAAAUACAAACGUAUUUUCUCGAUUGGAUCCAUGGGUAUUACGACAUAUAAUCCUAGUAAUUUAGAAGUUACAAACAAAUGGGAGUACGCUGAUUUUAUAAAUGUACAACCUACUAAUAAAAGUCAACUUGGUUUACAUGAAUUUAGCAUCACAAUGCGUAAGGAACGUAAAGUUGAUACUAUGAAAUUUAGCUCGGAGCAUAGAGCACAUUUGUUAACUGAAGCACUUAAAUAUCGUAAUCAGUUUGCUGAAAAACCUAAAGAGAUACUCAGAUAUCAAGCGUACAAACAUCAUUGGUCAGACACACGCUUGCCAGUUGUUUUAGAAGUAACACCAUACAGCCUAGACCAAUUAGAUCCAGCAACAAAUAUGUUACUCGCGAGUUACUAUUACAAAGAUAUUGAUGGAUUAGGUACAAUGAGAGAUUAUCAAGAUGGGUUCGUAAUAGUAAGCAGUGGUUUCGGACGAUUACAUUUAUUUUCAUCACAGCAUAUUGAAGAGAUAAAACGUAAAAUUGUUGACUUGGCUCACACUAAUUUAGGAUUAACCAUAACUGUAUUAAAAGAAAAAAUACCAUUGGACGAAUUUAUAAUGCAACGUAUGGGUAGAUACAGUGGAGACGAACAUAUAACAAGUGUAUCUGAAUUUACAGUACAUAAAAUAUCAUCACGUCAUUCAGAUCCACAGCGUAGAACACUGUGUCUAUCGGAUACAUGUUUGUUGGAGAGAGAUCCACAGACUUAUAAUAUAUGUACACUGAGGCCACUUUCAGAUAUUUUUGUUCUUGUACGUGAUAACGCAAACCCACAAUUAUUUACGAUACAAUAUCUCAAUGGACAAUUACGCAGUUACAUGGCCACUGAUCGCGAUUCAUUGUUAGCAUCUCUGUUGGACGGCGUUCGUGCAUCAGGAAAUAGAGAUGUUCAUGUUAAAAUGAAUGUGAUUGCUCGUGGGAAACGUCUUGGUCCAUUAAAUUUACCAGUUGAUGAAGAAGUGGAAAUAUCACAUGUUAAAUUUUUACAGCAACCACCUGGUGGACGGUUUUUUGCUGAAAUACUUGAACGGUUUAAUGCUAAUAUACCUUACAGUGGUCUUCAUUAUUCUGUUACACAAGACGGGUUAUUUACUGAGAACAAAGAUAAAAUAAUACUCGGUGCUCUCAGCUCGUUGGUUAAUCGUGAUUUGGACACAAAUACUGAAGUUGAAGCGCAAUUUCAUGCUCUGAGACGAUUGGUAGCAAGCAAAGUUGGUUUUAUGGCUUUUACAACAUUACCAGGCUUUCGUGAAGCUAUUGGUAAUAAAGUUGUCAAAGCAUUAAAACGACAAGACUGUGGUGUUACACAAUCUGCUAUUGAUUGUAUCUGUGCAUUGAUGCAAGCGAUGCAUGAUGACUGUGAUUUGAGGCAGGAACAAUUAAACAAAAGUAGCCUGCUCAGUAGUAAUAAGUUUUUGGAAAGUCUUCUAGACAUGUGGAUAAAUCAUGUUAGUCAUGGAACAGGCGCGCUGGUAGUGUCUGCGAUGCUAGAUUUAUUAACAUUCGCACUGUGUGUACCCUACAGUGAAACGACUGACGGCAAACAUUUUGACAAUUUACUGGAGAUGGUUGCGUCUCGUGGAAGGCCACUGUUUAAAUUAUUUCAGCAUCCAUCACUAGCUAUUGUUAAAGGCGCUGGACUUAUAAUGCGGGCUAUUAUUGAAGAAGGUGCACCAGAAGUUGCUGCUAAAAUGCAAGAACUUGCUCUAGCUGAAGGUGCAUUACCAAGGCAUUUAUUAAACAGUUUGUUUACUGUCGGUAGUGACGGCAGACUUUUAACUCACAGGCAAUUAUGCCGGCAUCUCGUUGGUCUUUGGGUUACUGGUCAUCCCACAGCUAUGGGAUUAUUGAAACGUAUCUUGCCAAGUGGUCUAUUGACGUAUUUAGACUCACAAGAAAAAGUACCGGAUUCAUUUCUUGAAGAGGAGCGGCUGAAUAAUCGUGAUAAUUUAAAAAUGGCUAUUGAUCAUGCAUCAAAAAAUAAACGUGGCGCACAAUGGAUCGCAAUGGAACGUCAUAUGCGUGUUAUUGAAAAACAUGUAGAAAAUGCGUUACAGCAUUGGGGUGCCCGUGUUGGUAUCGAACGUCGUGAAAAAAUAAAAGAACGUCCAAUAGUACUGAGAAAACGUCGAGAGAGAAUUAAAUCAGAGGCUAAUUGGAAAUUAUUUUAUUAUAAAUUUAAUCAAGAUCAUGCAUUACCAAAUCUUAUAUGGAAUCAUAAAACGCGGGAAGAAUUACGGACGGCAUUAGAAAAUGAAAUACGUGCAUUUACUUCAGAUAAAGAUUUAUCUGGUGGUACAUUGAUAGCAUGGAAUCAUCGUGAAUUUGAAGUUCAGUAUUUAUGUUUAUCUGAUGAAGUUAAAAUUGGUGAUUACUAUUUGAGAUUAUUGUUAGAAAAAGAUUGUCCAGAUAGUCCAAUAAGAAAGUCGUAUGAAUUUUUUAAUGAUUUGUAUCAUAGAUUUUUAUUAACAACAAAAGUUGAAAUGAAGUGCCUUUGUUUGCAAGCAAUGACUAUAGUCUAUGGCCGUUAUUAUGAAGACAUUGGUCCAUUUUCCGAUACAAAAUACAUUGUAGGUAUGUUAGAACGCUGUACAGAUCGUACUGAACGUGAUCGUCUGGUGAUGUUCAUACAUAAAUUAAUAUUACAUCGUAAAAAUGUAAAAGAUAUUAUGGAUCAAAACGGCGUACGUGCACUUGUUGAUUUAUUGACACUCGCUCACUUACAUACGUCACGUGCGAUGGUCCCUACACAGACUAAUGUAAUAGAAGCAGGUCCUGAACAGGAGCGAGUGCUGGAAAAAGAGUGGUAUUACAAUGACGGAGAUCGUCGAGCUGGUCCAGUUAGUCUUAAAGAAUUAAAAGAUCUAUAUACAACAAAUAAACUAACGCAUAAAACAAAAGUAUGGGCACAGGGUCUAGAUGGCUGGCGUAUUAUUUCUCAAGUACCUCAAUUAAAGUGGACGUUAGUUGCCAAAGGAACGCCAGUUGUAAAUGAAAGUGAAUUAGCAACUUUAGUAUUAAAUAUUUUGAUACAAAUGUGUGAAUAUUUUCCCAGUCGUGAUUCAGAUAACGCUGUCAUUCGUCCGUUACCGCGUGUUAAAAGAUUAUUAUCAGAUUUGCAGUGUUUACCGCACGUUGUACAAUUACUACUGACAUUUGAUCCUGUUUUAGUUGAACGUGUUGCGACAUUAUUGUGCGAAAUAAUGAAAGACAAUCCAGAUGUAUCUAAAAUAUAUUUAAGUGGGGUGUUUUAUUUUAUACUAAUGUAUACUGGUUCAAAUGUCUUACCGAUAGCAAGAUUUUUACAACUGACUCAUACUAAACAGGCAUUUCGUGGUGAUGAUACUGCGCAGCCAUCAGAUAUUAUGCAGCGCAGUAUUUUAGGACAAUUAUUACCAGAUGCAAUGGUCAGUUAUCUUGAAAAUCAUGGGGCUGAAAAAUUUGCCCAAAUAUUUUUAGGUGAUUUUGAUACUCCUGAAGCAAUAUGGAAUGCUGAAAUGCGUCGUACAUUAAUUGAAAAAGUAGCAGCUCAUAUUGCUGAUUUCUCACCUCGUUUACGAAGUCAUACUAUGAGCCGGUAUCAGUACAUAGCAAUACCGGCAGUACGUUAUCCCCAAUUAGAAAAAGAAUUAUUUUGUCAAAUAUUUUAUCUACGGCAUUUAUGUGACACUGUCAAAUUUCCAAAUUGGCCUAUACCUGAUCCUGUACAUUUACUAAAAGACGUAUUGGACGCGUGGAAAAAAGAGGUAGAAAAAAAACCACCGAUAAUGACUGUAGAUGAGGCAUACAAAGUUCUAGGUCUUCCAAGCGGUCGUCAACAUAAUGAAGCUGAUGUAAGAAAGUCUUAUUACAAAUUAGCCCAACGUUACCAUCCAGAUAAAAAUCCUGACGGACGUGAUAAAUUUGAAGCUGUCAACCAAGCGUAUGAAUUUCUGUGCAGUCGCAGUUGUUGGACAACCGACGGUCCAAAUCCUGAUAAUAUCGUUCUAAUUUUACGCACACAGAGUAUAUUAUUCCAUCGUUAUACUGACGAGUUGCGCCCAUACAAGUACGCGGGUUAUCCGCAGUUAAUAAAGACAAUCAAACUGGAAACAGAAGACGAAAGAUUAUUUUCAAAAUCAGCUCCGCUUUUGUCAGCAGCGAGCGAGCUGGCUUAUCAUACGGUUCACUGUUCAGCAUUAAAUGCUGAAGAGUUGAGACGUGAAGGUGGUUUAGAUGUUUUACUAGAUGCUUACACACGUUGCGUCAGUGUGCUGAAUAAUUCAAGUAAGCCUGAUGAUGUCGCUGUACAAGUUUGCACGCAUAUUACUAAAUGUUUUGCCGUCGCCGGUAGAUUCCGUGGAUGUCGUGAUAAAAUUGUUGAAUUGCCACAGCUAAUUAAAGAUUUAUGUAGAAUAUUAUACUUCAAACACUUGACAAAAUUGUGUUCCGUUGCGACUGAGUGUGUGUCAUCUCUUGCGACGGAUAGUAUUCUCCAGAUGCAAUUAUUGCAGUCAGGAGCACUCUGGCAUUUACUUUUGUUUAUGUUUAAUUAUGAUUACACUUUAGAGGAAGGUGGAGUCGAACGUAAUCAAGAUGAAAACCGUCAAGAAGUUGCUAAUAAUUUAGCUAAGUUGGCGAUAAAAGCUUGCGCGAGACUCGGCGGAUACAUGACUGGUGAUAAUGCGACACCAGUUAAUCCGGUAACUGUUGCCGCUCUAGAGACUCUAUUGACUCCUUAUCUAUCGCGACAGCUGUCUAAAGAUAAACCUGAAAAUAUACUGAAGACACUCAACUCGAACUGUUCAAAUCCGUACCUCAUAUGGGACAAUGGAACUCGUGCCGAGUUGAAUGAAUACCUCGAGAGCAAACGUCAGGAAAAACUUAAUGGGAAUGACAGUCUUGAACAAGAUUUUAGUAAUUUUAAAUACAGUGCACACAGCAAUGAAUUAAUAAUUGGUGAAAUAUUUGUUAAAGUUUACAAUGAACAGCCGACUUUUCCCAUUGAAAAUCCAAAAAGUUUUACUAUUGAUUUACUUAAUUUCAUUUUAAAAUCAUCUGAUCAUAUUUGUUCAUUAAACAAUAGCGUAACGUUGUCUAAAAAAGAUCAAGAUAAAUUAAAAAAUGUCGUAAUGGCACUUGAAGCUUUAAAAAAUGUUAUAAAAAAUAAUCCGGGAAUUGAAAUUCAAUGUAUAGGUCAUUUUAAUUUAUUAUUCACAUUAUUAAGUUGCAAUAAUUUCAAACCAAUUCAACGUGGCGCACUUGAAGUUAUUAAUAAUGUAACUAAAAAUCACGAGUGUGUAAAUGAUAUUGCUGCUAAUGAAGUUGUUGUUCAUUUACUAUUGGCAUUAAAUACUCUAAAAGAAUGUCAAUUGUUAACACUAGAAACUCUUUAUGCGCUAAUGAGUACAACCAAAAUAGUUAAAGACGCAUUAGCCAAAGGUGCUGUGAUUUAUAUACUGGAUUUAUUUUGUAACUCACCAAAUUUACAAAUACGUGAAACAGCUGCUGAAUUAUUAGCUAAAAUGUCAUCAGAUAAAUUAGCAGGUCCUAAAGUUAAACUUGAUUUGUCGAAAUUUUUACCAAAACUAUUUGGCGAAGCAAUACGAGAUGCACCUAAACAAUGUGUACAUAUGUUUGAAACGAAACAUGAAAAUCCUGAAUUGGUUUGGGAUGAUGAUUCUAAAAUACGUGUAUCAAGAAUUAUUGGUGAAUUAAAAGAUGAGUAUUAUUCAUUACAAAAACGUAGUCCGAAUGCAGUAUUAAAAUUGCCAGAAACCCAAAAUAAUUUUGAUACUGCGACAAAUGAACCGGUUGUCGGUGGUGUGUACUUGAGAUUAUUUAUUGCAAGUCCUGCAUGGGCACUUAGAAAACCUAAAGAGUUCAUGAGUGACUUGAUGGAUUGUAUUUUAUCCUUGAUGGCGAGAGAUACUGUAGAUACGGAUAUGUUAGAAUUAAGUACGCAAGCAUUGGUGUGUUUAUUGCAAGCCCAACCAGCUUUGGCGGAUCAAGUACCCUCGUUGGGACAUAUACCACGAUUGUGUCGGCAAAUGUCUGUACGUAAUAGCCAACCACCGGUUUAUAAAUCAGCAAUACUUAUUUUACAUCAAUUGGCUACUAGUGAAAUUUGUAUUAAUUCUAUUUGCCAAACGGACUGUAUCAGUCCUUUGAAGCUUGCGAUGCAAUCACGUAGAGAUAUGAUCGCUGUUGCUUGCGAAACAUUAAAUAGACUUUUUUCUACGAAUGAAGAUCGUCUUAUUAAGCAGGCACUUGAAGCUGAAAUGGUACCUUAUUUAUUAAAUAUACUCGAAGGGCGUCUUGAUUUAAUUGAAAAUCCAGCAAUGACUAAAGCCCAAAUAGUUAAAGCGUUGAAAGCUAUGACGCGAAGUAUAUUACUUGGAGAAAGAGUUAAUUCAAUAUUAGAAAAAUCAUCUGUUUGGGCGGAAUAUAAAGACCAAAAGCAUGAUUUAUUUAUAUCAAAUACACCAACUGUUGGUUAUUUAACCGCAGGAAUGCCAGUGUCAGCAGGAUAUCUGACAGCUGGUCCAAGUGCUCCAAUCCCUAGUGCACCACCACCAGUCAAUAGAGAAGAUCGUAUGAACAAUAGACACGAUCAUAUUUGAUACAAUUAAUAAUAUAAAUAUUAUAAAUAAUAAUAAUAAUUAUAAUACUAACAAUAACAAUAAAUGUCCAAAGUGGUAGCAGCAAUCUCAAGCUCAACACAUCUGAAUAUUCGUCGUUCUCAGCUGAACAACUACAUUUAACGGUUUGUCUGUGAUUUUCUAUUAUGAUUCCAUUUUUAAAAUUAAAAGAAAAAAUAGUUUGCUUUGCUUCGAGACAAUUUCAAUGGAAUUUUAUUGAAUGAUUUUAUUUUUCGUCAUACUCAGCGCAAUAGAAUUGAAAUUUAUGUAAGUAAAUUAAUUGAUAACUGUUAAUAUUUAGAUUUUUAAAAGUAUCUAAAGUAGAUUUUUUAACGCGAUAAAAUUAUAUUUACUAAUACUUUUAAAUAAUAAAUAUUAAGGC